UUUGACAAUUAUCGAUUCGAUAUGACGGUGGCGCGACGGUCCUACUCUAUACGUCAUCGCCAUACGCCAAUGCCAAAUGCCAUAAUCGAAACAAAUAUGGCCGCAUGGCUCGGUGACAGAGGUUCUUCCGAUAACCUCGUACAAAGUAAUAGCUUGGUGGAAGAUUUUAAUUUAAGCAGUGAUUUAAUCAAUAAUUGCCAGUCUUUUGACGAUAGUUUCAGUGAUUUUCAAGUGCACAAAGGAAUCAAAAGAGAAGUCGAAAACGUCGUAACUACAGAAAAUAAAAUUUUAGUUACAGACACUCGGGACGCAUCAAGACACAAUGAAUCAAAUUCCGAUAAACAAAACAUUGACACACACAAAACAAACAUCAUUAAAACCAAAAGAAAAUUGGAGGAAAACAACUCAGCGAGAUAUAAAUGUGAAUAUGAUGGAUGUGAAAGGACUUACAGCACAGUUGGUAACCUACGGACACACAUGAAAACACAUAAAGGUGAUUACAGAUUUGUAUGUCCGAUACAAACUUGCAACAAAGCCUUCCUUACUUCAUACAGCCUGAAGAUUCAUGUCCGAGCUCAUACUAAAACUAAACCAUUUGUAUGUUCUAUUGGAAACUGUAAUAAAGCAUUCAAUACAUUAUACAGGCUAAAAGCCCACCAAAGACUGCACAGCGGCGACACAUUUAACUGCGAAGAAGAUGGAUGUGCUAAAUAUUUUACAACACUAAGCGAUCUCAAAAAACACAUACGAACUCAUACACAGGAAAGACCAUACAAAUGCAGGACAGAUGGUUGUGGUAAAUCUUUCACGGCGUCGCAUCAUUUAAAAGCACAUGGCAGGACGCACUCCGCUUCACGGGCGAAAACCUCAACUGGGAGUGGCAGAAACUUCAUCACACCGAUUAUAUCGAAACAACUGCAAACACAACAGAUCGAAGCCGAAACUGUAGCUGUAGAAAUUAUCGAAAACAACAAUACAUCCAAACCGACAAACGAUAGCAUGAACUGGGACGGUCUAUUAGAAUCCUUCUCUAAAAUCACAACAGAUUCCAACUCUAAUGACGGCUUAAAUGAUAUGGCCCUUUUAAAUCAACUACCAAAUAAUAACGUCGAUAUAACAGAACUGCUUUUAGGCAAUCCAACUAACACUAAAUUUAACGAAACUGAUCAAAUAGGUGUAGAUUAUGAUUUUAAUGCUUUAGAUUUGCCUGAUUUAACUAAAAAAUCUAAUAACACUUGGGUUGAUGUUAAUUUGAAAACUGUUCCAACUGUACAGACAGAAAAUAUGAAAGUAGAAGUGAAGUCUAACGCUAUAGAACUAGCUUUAGCAAAUGAGAUAGAACUACAGUCCCCUUGGGUAGAUGUUAGCGCAUUAGCUGCGUCUAUACAAAACACUCCAGUCAGCAUAAAAGAGAAAAUACCAGAAAGUAUAUUUACUCUAGCAACUUUUGUUCCGACUCAUAUGCAGAGUUACAUAGAUCUUACAACAGAAGUUGCACCAACAGCGAAUAUUACAUCGCAAAAUUCAUUCGAACUAGAUAGUCCUACUAUAUUAGAUGUCAGUCCAAAAGUAUUCAACGAUAGUGAACUUGUAUCCAAUUUUGAUUUUGACCCAACACCAAAACUAGAUACUGAUUUAGAUGUUUUUCUUAAAGAAACUGAAUUAAAUGAUGAUAGAUUUCUAAAUACUCCUUCGCCUUCUAGAGUUCAGCAACAAAUAGAAAUAAAUCCAGCAAAUUCUGUGCUUUUUAAUACUGAUUUGGCUUUAGAAGAUACAUUACUGUUUGAUAAUGAACCACCAUCUGAUAUGUAUGUUGUGAGAACGGAGAAUAUAUUUGGAAAGAAACUCGUUAAAAGGAAUCCUUUGGAGCAAAUUGCUGCUGAUGUCGGUAUCUGUUCUUGCAGUAAUUGUAAGUGCAAUCCAGACGGUGAAUGCAGAAGUAAUUGUGAUAAAUCAAAUGAAACACCUAAAUGUCCAGAUGAUAAAUGUUCUUGUGUUGAUUGCAAAUGUAAUCAUGCUGAAAUGAAAUGUGCAGUCGGAUGUGGGAAAGCAACGGAUACGAAUCAUAACACCUUCCUACAUUAUCACAGACGACAUAAUAAUUCUAAUUUAGAAGAUUUAGGUGUUUAUACGUUGCAUGAAUGCGAGCAAACGCCAACAAUGAACUUCGAUGAUUUCAUUUGUUCGUGCCAAAGUGGUGAUAGUGCAGAAUGUUGUAAAAAACCUAACGAAUCUGUGGAUUUGUCCAGUGAUAGUUGUUGCAGUGUUAAGGAUAAAAAAAUGUGUUGUGUAACAAUAUGUUUCAAAAAGUUGGAAGCUUUCAAACAAUUUUUAUCGGAGAACGAUUUUGUGGACGCUCUUAAAUCGCACAAUUUUAGCCUAACCGGUCAUUAAUUAGUCGCUUUAAAAUGUUGCAUUUAAUGUUACUAAAAGUAUUACAUAUGUAAAAUGUCUCCCCUUUGCAUUAACAAUUAUAUAACAAAGAAUAGAAACUUUAUUAACAAUGUCAGGUGGUAGUAAUCAUUGUGCUUUUUGAAAUAAAAAUCUGUGUCUACUGAAUGUAUGAAAAAUUUACAUGGUGAGUGAGUGUAAAAAUCAAUUUUUCAAGGCAGUGAAGAAUAUGUUGAAUAGUUAUACGUAAUUUACUAAACCAAAUACUAUUUCUAAUAUUAUCAUCACAUUAAUUAAUGUUUAUAAAUACUGGUAAACGUGAACUUUAGUGUAAAUGUUGAACAUUUCUUUGAAUCAGUACCGCUUUUAUUUCGCGCUACUAGCGCCCUGGGCGAAUUCUAGGUCGUUUAACUUAUAAGGACUUUUAGGGGGGAUGGGAUUAUUCCCAACCGUCACUCCGCUCUGUCCCCACGUGCUGAUAUUUGAGAAUAAAAAGUUAUCCGUCCCACUAAUUGCGACGAGGGGACGGUUGGAACUUAUUUUAUUUCUUAACGAUUAUCUCUGUUACCUUAUUGGUGAGACGUAUGAAACAUUUUAUUCUCCUCUGUCCCCACAUAGGGACAGAGCGGGGUGACGGUUGGGAAUAAUUCGGGGGAUGUUGUUAACACUUGUAUAAUUCGAAGACCUGUGGCGCCCCUUUCUGCAUAGAGCCCUGGGCGGACGCUCAACGCCGGCCCUGGUGCGAAUGUAAAAACAAAAAAAACUGCUAGUGAUGUUUUAAAUAAAGAACAUGUAGUACAAAUAUUGAAUGCCAAAAUGUGCCAUAUCCAAUAUAUUUAUUAAAAUAAAUUUUAUGUAUACAAAGAUAGUUAUAAACAAAUUUUGGUGCUAUUAUUGUGAUGGAAUUAAAUUUCUAUUAAUGUUAUUAAUGUACUUAUAUUGGGCUUUAUAAUGUACAAAUUGUUGAAUAAUUUUAUAUGAGAUUUACUUGUUACUGUAGAAUUUCAUUGCACUGAAUGUAGCCAUAUUCCUUUCAUUAUCUAUGACAAAAGAGACAAUACAUAGAUAUAUUGACUAUAGGUCUGGGUAUAAGAUAAACAUUUAAAAAACAACACCAUAUGUAGCUGACGUCCCCAACCUUUUCUUGAUCAGGAAACACAACAAAUGUCAUUAAAAAUUGUUUGUCACUUUUUUCCCGACUGCACUGCACUAAUUUUGUCCAUGUCAAUACAUAUUUGCUGCAAUUUUUUCGUCAGCUCAUCAGACUAUAUUCUAUCGUCUUAGACAAAUAAAGGUUUUGUAUGAAAUUGCAUAUUAUACGAGUACCAGCGUUAGUCUCAUUCACUCUCUCUGACUUGCUCUUUGCUACCUUUUAGAAUAAAUUAUGGACCAUAUUUUAGAUUCUGUGGAGAACUGAUUUCAGGUUAGGAGUGAUUGUUAUAUAUUUCAUAUAUCUAUGCUACAAUAAUCAAAACUAAUGUAGUUGCAGUGAAAUUCUACAGUUAAACGUGAUAUGUGAGCAAUAAUAGACAUUGUAAGGUUUCUAGUCGAUAUAACAAAUAAACGCUUUUGAGAUUCAA